CCUUUCCACACCACUGGUGCGUCGAUGCUGACGGGGAAUGAUAUCUGGUGGGAGCGGAGCUUGAAGAUGACGCGCUUUGCUUCGUGGGGGGAUGCGCCUGUGCGCCAGUGAUGGAAUGGCGGGAUGAUCUGAUCUCAUGCUCCGCCCCGCCGUGCGGCUUGAGUUGCACUUGGCCCCCCCCGCUCCUCCUCCCAAUGUCCAUCGUCGUCUUCUUCUUCUUGCCAUCGUAGUCUACCAUUUGUAUCUACCUUGCCAUCUCCUCAUUGGUAUUCUCGCUACGCCCCUCGUCCCAGCAAGGCGCUCAGCUUCUUGCACAGUAGCCACCAGGCCUGGCAGCGCGCCCCGCACAGUCGCCCACGGCCCCCCUCAGCGCACCCAGGCGGUCAGACCACCCACCCACCCCCACUCGCUCCCUCCCGUCUGCCCAAGAUUGCAUCGGCCAUCUCCACGUCUACGAUCUCCACAACGUAGAUCGCUUGUCGUAUCCUCUUCCUCACUGGCAUCAACAACCUCGACAUCAAUUGGCUCUGACCAUCGGCAAAGCAAAGCUCCAUCGAAGAGCCCCUCAUCCUCCAGCGCUUAUCCGCACACGACCUUGAGACGAGACCCACUUCCGGUGAACAGCAUACCGGUCACCCUCGUGGUACCAAUCGCCAGCCAUCUCUGGUCCUCCAGGCUCUCAAGACACAGCAGCUCCACCUCGUCCCUGCCGCAAUAUCGCACAUCCCUCAGUCUUGGCGAAACUCCUUCAUCGUCUACUCAGAGGCCAGCAACGCCGGACCUUCCUCUGCGAUAGCCACGAGUCUCCACAAGGCCGGUACCUUCGAGACGUGGAUCCAAAGGCCGCCUCAUCACCCUCGUCUCUCAUCUCGCAUUGACAC